GAGUAGGGUCCAAGGAUUACCUACAUGGACUAAUGGAUGCAGGAACAAAGCUUAAGGUCAAAUUCAGGACCGGGGACAUAGGCCUUCGAGAACGUGGACGAAGGCAUAGGACCGUAGACGACGAAGACGACGAGUUCAAAUGUGAUUGCGGCUUCGAAUGCGAAGACCGUGUUCAUGUAGUCGCGGAAUGUCCGUGGUGCAAGAAGGAGAAGGAAGUGUACGUGACUGAGCUGGGAAAAAUAGAUGGGACGUACAGGGAGAUGUUUGAGGCUUGGAAUAGAGAGGAAAGGACGGUAGCUGUAGUGGGGCAUAGGAGGUGGGUUGAAAAGGCGGGAAGGGAUAUCGUUAGGAUAGACAGACUAGGGAAGCCAUUUUUGAACCACCUUUGGCAAAGUAGAAAGGAACGAUUGGCCAUCGAUGAUCGGUCCUGUGGGAACAAUGCUCCGUCUUCUCGAGGACGCGUGGUCAAUGGUCUAACCGCUAAGGCAUACAAAACAUAAGAGUCCGCCCCCCGCUCCCCC